AUGCCGCCAGAUAAAGCCGAACCAUGCCCGAUUUGCUACGAACCAGCUUUGAAAAGAGUUCCUCUUAGCUGCCACCAUACAUUCUGCCAGAAGUGCAUUCGCGUAUGGUCAAAGAAAUGCCAAUCUGACCAUAAACCAGUCAUUUGCCCUGUUUGCAGAAAUCCUGUACCGACAGAUAAUCUCGGCUUUGCAGAGAUUGUUCACCGUGGAAAGGAAGUCGAAAUACAGACUCUCGAUCCACUCUUGAGAAAACUUGGAGUGGAUUCAGCUGCAGCAGUCAAAAAAUGCUCAAUCUUCAAAAAAUGGGACUCAGAAGCAAAAGAUGACUUCUACAAAUGGCUUCAGAUUUCACAGAAAAGUCCAGACAGAUUUAUUAUCUUUUGCGCUUUAACAGAUUGUUUUUAUCAACAGAUUAUUAACGCUAACGCAGAACAAUUACAGAAUGCCGUUGAUGACUUCGGAGAGAAAUGCGAACCAACGCGCCAGAAACUUCUUGAGAUGGUUAUUUAUAUUAUUUUUCACAAAAUUUAUCAUGUGAAUUCGAAUUAA